AACUCCUACCAAUUGGAACUACCCCCGAGCCUCAAGGCUCGAGGCAUUCACAACGUGUUCCAUUCAUCACUGCUUAGGAUCUAUGAGCCUAACGAUGACCGUCUAUUCCCAGGAAGGACAGACGAGCACGUUCUUAUCACUGAUGAUCAAGCGACCCGAGAUCUCGGAUGGGAGAUCAAUCGGGUGCUGUGCCACAAGGGCAAGGGACGUCAGGCUGCCUUCCAAGUGGAGUGGAAGACCGGGGAAGCAACC